CAAAAAGACAUUUAUAAAAAAAUGACUCUACUCUACAUUCAACAGUGUUGAAGAUCACAGUAUUUUUACCGCAGCGUGUUGGCCAUGGUUAUUGACAUCCUUCAGCAAAUCAUCACCUCAAGAUAAAGGUUGUGUGGAAGAAAUAAAUGAUAUAUGACACUGAAUGAAAUUAAGGUUUACACUGAGCCAUUUGGGACCCCGAUGAGUGAGAUACGGUGACAGGUAGAAGAUGGUGAAUUUCACAGAGAACGCAACUGAGAGGUGCACUAUUAAUCACAAUAUCCACCAGACUUUAUCUCCUGUGGUAUACAUAUUUGUAUUUGUAUUAGGCUUCCCAGCAAACUGCCUCUCACUAUACUAUGGAUAUCUACAGAUCAAGGCUAAAAACGAACUGGGUAUCUAUCUUUGCAACUUGACUGUAGCAGACCUGUUGUACAUUUUUUCUUUGCCCUUCUGGCUUCAGUACGUUUUACAGCAUGACAACUGGACCUAUGAUGAACUGCUGUGCAAAAUCUGUGGCACUCUUCUGUAUGAGAAUAUUUAUAUCAGCGUGGGCUUCCUCUGCUGCAUCUCCAUUGAUCGCUAUCUAGCAGUAGUGCACCCUUUCCGGUUUCAUCAGUUUCGGACACUGAAGGCUGCUGCAAUCGUGAGCAGUGUUAUCUGGGCCAAAGAAAUUGUGACAUGCUGGUUUGUCUUUAGACAUGGAGAGAUCAGUAUGGAUGCUGAGACCCACUUGGUGUGCUUUGAGCAUUACCCCAUCAAAGGCUGGGAGCACAAUGUCAAUUACUACCGAUUCUCUGCUGGCUUCCUUUUCCCCUUCUUUCUGCUGGCCUUUUCCUACUGCGGAAUUUUACGAGUUGUCCACAAGAGUCAUGGCACUCAAAAGAAGAAGAAAAUCCAAAUUAAGCGACUGGUUUCAAGCACUGUUUUCAUUUUUUUAGUUUGCUUUGGACCAUACCACAUCCUACUUGUAGUUCGCAGCUUGUUUGAGAACAACUGCUCAUUUGCUGAGAAAAUAUUUAAUAUUUACCAUGUUUCUCUCCUGUUGACUACUUUCAACUGUGUUGCUGACCCAGUGUUGUACUGUUUUUCCAGUGAAAGCACUUACCAGAACUUUGCCAAGGUGCGAGACUCUUGUUUAACCUGUUUAGGAUGGCUAAGGACUGAGACUAAGGAAACCUACCAGCUGAACUCUUCAGAAACUCUCAGCAAGCCACAGGAUGAGCAGCAGCCAGCAUUAUUACAAAAAUCACAUGAUAUUGCUGGAAUAAAGGACUCCUCUACAACUAACUUAGGCAGUCUAUAGUAUUCAUCAAAAAAGGCCACUCAUCCAAAAUCUCCACAUGUGACUGUGUUGUACACACAUCUGAUUUAUUCAUCUAUUACACCUAUUUUACUUCCCAAAAGCUUAUUAGCUAUGCAGUAUACUGAGGUAGUUCCUGGAGGUGUUUGGACCUUGACUAUAUUGAGGAAAGUAUAAAUUAAGAGUUCAGUUACAAUCACAUGUCUACUGCCAUUAUGGUGCAACUCAGAAACUGUUGUCUUGCCACUCAACUGUUGUUGAUGACUGCGUUGGCUGAAAUAAGCUAGUACUCAUGGUGUGGAUCUGCUGAAACAGCUUUUAACUGCUGUCUGUCUGUGCCUGUAGCAUCUAGAGAAAAAAAAAACUCAAAAAGUUGUCAUUACCUGUUGAAAAGGUUGGAGAUUGAACAAAUAAAAUGUCCCCAUAAGUAUUUUUUAAAAGAAAAAAAAAAAUUGCAUUUGUGCAUCAUUUCUGUAACUCUUCAAAAUAAUUCCUCCUCAAGCCCAUUUUAAGUCCUGCAGAGACCUUGCCAGAACUAACCUCCUAAAAUAAUUGAUCAAAUAAUGUGAGAUGCUCUGGAAGAGCAUGCACAAGAAACUCAGCAUCUGCUGAGACCUUCAAUCUCACUCUGUUGAACCUCAUCAU